ACUGUCACGCUGAAUCUUGGGUGGAACGUCGUGGAGACGCGCACGGGCCACAGCGAAUCAUGUGACGCGACGGACCUGAAUAAUCUUCGACGUCGAACAAUGAGAUCACCACCAUCAACAACCACCUCACCAAACCGGGUUGAACAGUACGACCACCAAGGAAACCGCCUUUGUCAAGAGCUCUACAGCUGCACAACACUCAAGCCCAUCGACUAGUCGAGCCACCAAUCUCACAGCCGCCGCAAUGCGCCGCGCCGGCCUUCUGACGAGCUGCUGCUCGCGCGGCAUCGCAAGCUCCAUUGGCAGCUCUUCCUCCGCCGUCUCAACACCCCUGCGCUCGGCCAUACUCGCCCAGAUUCGAUACAAGACCACCUCCUCGCCCAACCAUGCGACAGCCGCGCAAAAAGAGAUCAACGCCGGCACCUUUCGCACCGGCGAAGACAUGGCCCGCCAACGCCCUUCGUCCACCGUCCCGCCGUCGGAGCAGGUCCCUUCCAACCCAGCUGGCACCCCACCGCCGCUAGACUGGAACACCUUUUUCAAACUGCGCAUGCGCCGCCGCCGCGUCCAGCUUGCCUUCAGCGCGACCACGGGUCUCAUUGGAUUUGCUACCGGCGCGACGCUGCUCCCUACUGCCAUGGGCGAGCCAUUGGUCGCCAUGAUCCCACUUGAUCCCAUCUUCAGCCUGGGAAUAUUGACCCUCGCUGCGGCGGGCGUGGGCUGGCUGGUGGGACCCAGCAUCGGCGGGCAGGUGUUCAACCUGCUCAACCGUCGGGUCGUCGGGCAGAUCAAGAAGAAGGAGGUGGAGUUCUUUUCGCGGAUCAAGAAGAACCGUGUCGACCCUACCAACUCGAGUGCAGCGAACCCUGUGCCCGACUACUAUGGCGAGAAGAUCCAGAGUGUCCAUGGAUACAGGCAAUGGCUCAAGGAUCAGCGAGCCUUCAACCGCAAGAAGUCUGCCAACUUGAUAUGAGGCGGGCAGUACCAAGCUCUCACAGCAUCCUUUCCUUAGGUACAUGUUCAUGAUGUGGCUCGGGUCAUGGAAAAAGGGGUCGCCACUCAUCAUCAGUGUAGCAUUAU